AUGAGUUCGUCUGAUUCAUCUUACCUAGCCACCGCCAAAACAGCUCUCACAACGGUUGCAUCAGUUGCUGCAGCCGCAAUGCUAGCUCGAACAGUGGUCCAAGACUACAUGCCAGCAGAGGUUCAUGACUUCAUCUCCUCUGGCCUUCGCAAAUGCUUCAGCUACUACGGUUUUCAAAUGACAAUUGUGAUUGAAGAGUUUGGAGGCUUUGAAAACAACCAAGUGUUUGAAGCCGCAGAGGCUUACCUAUCCUCCAAGAUAUCUAACUCCACUAGAAGAAUCAAAGUCAACAAACUUGAGAAACAGAGCAACUUCAGCGUCACCGUUGAACGCGACGAGGAAGUAGUGGAUACUUUCGACGGCGUCAAGCUCACCUGGGUCCUCGUGUGCAGUCCCGUGAAGAAGAAGGACUUUCGCAACCCUCGAGAUCUGAACUCUACUUUGAAAUCAGAAGUGCGUUCUUACGAGCUCAGGUUCAACAAGAAGUUGAAGAAGAUGGUUCUUGAAUAUUACUUACCGUUUGUGGUGGAGCAAGCUUCUUUGAUGAAGCAAAAGACUAAAACGCUUAAGAUCUUUACUCUCAGUGCGUAUUCUGAGUGGACCUCUGUGACUCUCGACCAUCCUUCCACGUUUCAGACUCUUGCCAUGGAUCCGGAGAUGAAGAAGAACUUGGUAGAGGAUCUUAACUGUUUUGUGCAGCGUAAAAGCUUUUACGAGAGAGUAGGGAAAGCAUGGAAGAGAGGGUACUUGUUGUAUGGUCCACCUGGUACAGGAAAGUCAAGCUUGAUCGCAGCCAUAGCUAAUCAUCUUAACUUUGAUAUUUAUGACUUGGACUUGGCAUCGGUUAAGAGCAAUGCUGAGCUCCGUAUGUUACUCAUGUCUACUGCAAACCGUUCAGUUUUGGUUGUAGAAGAUAUUGAUUGUUCCAUUGAGUUUAAGGAUAGGACUACUGAUGAGCCCAGUGAUCUUCUGGAUAAACCGGUUACACUAUCUGGUCUAUUGAAUUUUGUGGACGGACUAUGGUCAAGUUGUGGUAACGAGCGGAUCAUAGUGUUCACUACUAACUACAGAGAAAGAUUGGAUCCAGCAUUGUUGAGGCCAGGACGUAUGGACAUGCACAUUCACAUGUCGUAUUGUACACCCGCUGCUUUUAAGGUCUUGGCUUCAAACUAUCUUGAGAUUGAAGAUCAUAUACUUUUCAAGGAGAUUGAGGAACUUAUCCGGGAAAUAAAAGUUACACCAGCAGAGAUAGCUGAGCAGUUGAUGAGGAAUGACUCUGUGGAUCAAAUACUCAAAGGCUUGAUUGUGUUCUUAAAAGUCACGAAAUUUGAAACUGAAGAGAUGUAA